AUGAGUGAUUUGCAGCAAGGUGAAGAUUUGGGGAAAAGACGCCCAGUUCCUCACGCUAGACCAGCAUCGACUAAAAGGCCCAAUGGAAGCAAAUUGAAGAACAAAACAAAACGACCUUCUACAACAAGUACUACCAAGGAACCAGCUACAUCAACUCAAUCAAUUAUACCAGCCGCAGAACCUACAAAACCAAAACCAACAGAAAUCCUUCUUCUAACUACAUUGGCACCCACAACAACUCCAUCAACAACAAUCGCAACGCCUGUGAUAAUUGCAGAAAAUGUUAAUAAGGAAAAACCUCCACAGAAAAAGCGCAAGAAGCCUACACGUAAGCCCAGCUCUCCUGAUUCGGAAAUUGAAGCUUUAACGGAAAAAUACCUUAGCAACUUCCACAGACGAAAGCAUUCCACAGCACACCCUUAUAUUCAUGACAACAACAAUAACCAACAACACACAACUCACGAUAAGGUUCCUACAUCAACUCAAAUUCCAACAGUUAUAACCUCAACUGAACUUCCAACUACUUCAACAACUCCUGUUCCUAGUACCAGUACAACAACAACAACUACAACUUAUUCAUCAUCAUCUUCAUACCAGUAA